AUGUUUUUGUUGUUCAUUUCUUUUGUUUUUAUUUGUUUUAGUCAAACUACAUGCAACAAUGCGAUUGAUAUUAAUUUCUCUCAUUCUGAAAUAUUUCAACAUACUGCUGAUACUUCAAGAAUACCUGAUAGUUAUUAUAUUUUAAAACAACAUCUUUAUUCACAAAAAGGAAUUUGGUAUAGGGUUUCAUUAUCAACUCCACAAACACUUAUUAUUGAUACUUGUUUUACAGGACAUACGGUUUUUGAUACUAAAAUUAUGGUUUUUAGUCAAUGUGAAAAUAAUUCAGGUUCAAAAUUACUUGCAAUAAAUGAUGAUGGAAUAAAUGGAUGUGGAAAAGCUUCAAGACUGAUUUAUUAUUUUACAAAACCUUCUUACAUUUUUAUUACUGGAGCUACUCAAUUAGAUACUGGAAUAUUUGGAUUGAGAAUAUCUCCACUUCCUAAACAAGAAAAUACUAACCCUUUAAUACCAGAAAAAUUAUCAAUUCCAACGUCUAUUGAAGGAAUUACUUCAGGGAUAAAUUCUUCAGUUUUGUAUUAUACAUUUGAAGGAUUAGACUCUACUCCUAUUAAAGUUUCAACUUGUCAUCCUCUCACAAAUACUCAAAUAACUUUAAUUCUCGAUAAAAAUACACCAAACCAACAACAAGUAGUUGAUAAUUGUCCUUCUCAUUACUUUGGUGCUGAAAUAACAGUUCCUAUUGGAAAAACAGUUCAUUCACUUCAAGUACAAACAAAUAAUCCAGGUCAUUUUAUUCUUUCACUUAAAUUACCAUCAACUCAACAAACACCAAUUGCAAUUAGAGAACUACCUUUUUUACAUUCAAGUAAACCUUCAGGUGAUAUUUCUAAGUCAUGUGAAGGAUAUCCAGAACAGAGUGGAACAUGGUAUGCAAUUAUUGGAACAGGUGAAGAUUAUUUGAUAUCAACAUGUGAAUCAUCACUAUUAAGAGAAGGAGUUGGUACAACAGUAGAAAUAUUUGAUUCAAAUGGGGAAUGUAAACGUGAUAGUUUUGGUUGUGGGAUUCAUGGUCGAAUUAUCAAAAAAUUAGAAUAUAAGAAAGAGUAUUUUAUUAAAGUAUCUUGUCAAGAAAACAACAAAUGUAAAGCAACAUUACUUGUUCAAAAAAUACUUCAAAGUUCAGAAGAAUGUAAACGUCCUGUUAUACUUGAAAUUGGAGAAGAAGGAAUUGUUUCACAUAGUAAAAUUGGACAUCUUUCACAUCCAUGUGAACCAAUAAGUAUUCAUGGUAGUUGGUAUUUAUUAAAUUCAAGAAUUAACAAAGACUUUAUGAUCUUUGGAGGAGUUAUUGAUGGAUUUAAUGCUAGUGGUAAUGUUAUUUAUACAAAGACUUGUAGAGGACCAUGUAAAGAAGAAAGUCGAGUAUUAACAACAACAUUUAAAAAAAAUGGGGAAUAUCUUUUUGUUGUUAGUGCUUCAUCAAUUCUUGUUUCUGGAGUUUCAUUGUUUGUUGUUCCAAUCAAACAAACUGAUUGUUCUGAUACUAUUCAAAUAACACCAUUCUCUACUUUAGGAAUUCUUCAAGAUAAAAAACAUUAUUAUUCAUUUGAGGGAGAUGGAUCAAUGUUUAUUAUUGAAACAUGCGGUCCAGACACUCAAAUAGAUACAAUUAUUACUGUAUAUUCAAGUUGUAAUUCAUAUAGACCAUUAAUAAUGAAUGAUGACUCUGAAAUAUGUGGAAAUACUGCUUCAUUUAUUCGAGAAAAGUUUAUUGGUAAAUUUAUUGUUGUUGUUGAUGUGUCACAUAAGUCUGAACGAAGUAUUGGACCAUAUCGAUUAAAUGUAUAUAAAGACAUUGAAUAUUCAAAUGAUAAUUGUUUAAGUCCUACAGAAAUUACAGAAGGAACUCAUUUUAUUUAUACCUAUAAUAACAGAUAUGUUUUAAUACCUAAUCGACCUGACAUUCAAUCAAAAGGAGCAUUUCUUCUUUAUAAAGGUAGAGAUGCAGUUGUAACAACAUGUAAUUCUAUGGUAACAUCACGGAUUGAAGUAUUAUCUGAUUGUUCUACUGUUCUAAAUAAUAGGCAUUUAAAAGGAUAUUGUAGAAAUGGAGAAAAAGUAAUUGUUCACACAAAUGAAAUUUUAUUUAUUGGAGGUAAAAAUUCAAUGGAUAUGGGAUUAAUUCAAAUUGAAGCAUUCGCAUCAAGUAGGAUUUCAAUAUAUAUUUUAUUUGGAAUAAUAUUGAUUGUAUCAUUAUUCUCUAUAUUUUAUUAUUUCUACACAUUACUUAAAAAUAAAUUAUUAAUUCUCUUUGGAAAUACAAUGGAAAACAAAGGAUAUUAUGAAUUAUAA